AUGCAGUCGUCGGGGAGUAGUAGUGGGAGGGAGGAGGAGAGUAGCGACGCGGUGUUUGAGAGUAUGCGUCGGAGCAGCCUUGGGUCGUCCGAGGAGGCGGCGGCGGAGGAGGAGGAGCUGCGGUGGGCGGCGAUCGAGCGGCUGCCGACGAGGAGGAGGGUGAGGAAAGGGAUCGUGCUGAAGAGGUACGGGGAGGGCGGAGGGGUGGUGGUGCCGGUGGAGGUGGACGUGAGGAAGAUGGAGGUGAAGGACAAGGUGAUGUUGUUGGAGAGCUUGCUCAAGGUUCCGGAGACCGACAACGAGGAUCUCUUGCGUACCAUUCGGAAGAGGAUCGAUAGGGUGGGAAUUGCAAUUCCGAAAAUUGAAGUCCGGUUCCAGAGUUUGUCGAUUGAAGGCGAGGCGUAUGUUGGGAAUAGGGCUCUCCCAACCUUGCUCAACUCGACCCUUAACGCAAUUGAGGGAGUUCUUAAAAUCAUCGGGCUUUCAUCAUCGAAGAAAACAACCGUUAAGAUACUCCAAGAUGUCAGCGGGAUAGUGAAGCCAUCAAGAUUGACAUUGCUUCUUGGACCUCCCGGAUCCGGCAAAACCACGCUCUUGAAGGCACUCGCCGGAAAACUCGACAAAAACCUAAAGGUUUCAGGAGAAAUCACAUAUUGUGGGCAUGAUUUCACCGAAUUCAUCCCUCAACGAACCUCCGCUUACAUUAGCCAGCACGACCUUCACUACGGCGAGAUGACAGUGCGAGAAACGUUGGAGUUCUCUCGGCGAUGCUUAGGAGUUGGAAGCCGUCAAAUGAUGCUGGAAGAGUUGUUGAGACGGGAGAAAACUGCUGGCAUUGUCCCUAAUUUUGAUGUGGAUGCAUUUAUGAAAGCGACCACGGUGGCUACCAAACGAGCUAGCUUAUUCAUCGACUACGUUAUCAAGAUUCUGGGAUUGGAUAUAUGUGUUGAUACUGUAGUUGGAGAUGAAAUGAGGAGAGGCAUCUCUGGUGGACAAAAGAAACGAGUGACUACAGGGGAGAUGUUAACCGGACCUGCGAAAGUAUUUUUCAUGGAUGAGAUAUCAACUGGGCUAGACAGCUCUACGACUUACCAAAUCGUCAAUUAUCUUAAGCAGAUAGCACAUAUCAUGGACGAGACCCUUGUAAUCUCUCUUUUGCAACCCGCACCCGAGACAUUUGAUCUAUUUGAUGACAUUAUCUUACUCUCUGAGGGAAAGAUUGUCUACCAAGGUCCGACAGAAAAUGUUCUCGAGUUUUUCGAGUCUAUGGGGUUCAAAUGUCCAGAGAGGAAAGGGACUGCUGAUUUCUUACAGGAAGUUACUUCUGCCAAGGAUCAGUUAUAUUACUGGUUUGAUGGAAACAAACCUUACAGAUAUGUACCAGUCACGGAGUUUGUAAGUGCCUUCAAAUCGUUUUACAUUGGUAAGGAUCUUUUUGAAGAGCUUAGGCAUCCCUUUGAUAAGGGUGGCACUCACCCUGCUGCUUUGGAGAGAAUGAAGUAUGCUAUCUCCAAAUGGGAACUCUUCAGAGCAUGUUUUGCAAGGGAAUGGUUGUGGAUGAAGCGCAACUCUAUUGUUUUUGUGUUCAAGACGGUGCAAAUAGCUAUCAUGGCUAUGCUAGCAUCUUCUGUGUUUGUGAGGACAAAAAUGGAAUCUGGUCAGAUGGAAGGUGCGGCCAAAUACGGGGGAGCUUUGUUUUUCAGUCUGAAUAACGUUUUGUUCAAUGGGUUACCAGAAAUUGCAAUGACUACCAUGAAACUCCCUGUGUUCUUCAAGCAAAGGGAUCUCUUGUUCUACCCUGCAUGGGCAUUUGCACUGCCCAUUUGGUUGCUCAGCAUUCCUGUCUCAUUGAUGGAGUCUGGAAUUUUGUCAAUCAUCACAUAUUAUCCCAUUGGAUUUGCACCAGGCGCUUGCAGGUUCUUGAAGCAGUUUUUGGCCUUAUUCGGAAUCCACCAAAUGUCUCUAUCUCUAUACCAUUUUGCAGGAGUAUUGGGAAGGAUAGAGGUUAUUGCGACUACAAUUGCUACAUUUGCCUUGUUAGUCUUCUUUGUGCUCGGAGGCUACAUUGUUGCAAGAUAUGACAUUGCUUCAUGGAUAAGAUGGGGUUACUAUAUUUCCCCUGUGAUGUACGGUCAAAAUGCAAUUGCUAUCAAUGAGUUUCUCCAUGAGAGAUGGAAUAUGCCUAUAGGUAACUCUACAGAACCAAGUAUUGGUAUUGCCUUCCUUGAGCAGAGAGGCAUGUUUACAACAGAGAGAUGGUAUUGGAUUUCUAUUGUGGCACUUUUUGGGUUUUGUCUUCUUUUCAAUCUACUCUUCAUUCUAGCCUUGAAGUACCUUAAACGUAAGUGAAAACGUCAAAAUUCUUCAUAUUUGAUACUGAUACAAUGUUGAAACUUGUACUGAGUACUAACGAAUCAUUAUUCUUCAUUUUCAUUAAGCUCUUGGCGAUAAUAAGGUUGUGCUUGUAGAGAAGAAAACAACAGAUGAAGGACAUAUUCCAUUGGCUCCCAGAUUAAAAGAAAACAUUGACUUGGAGGACAAGAAUUACGUAGGAAGCAUUGAUGACAUUAACAAUGAUAUUGAGCAUCGAACUAAGAAGGGGAUGGUUCUACCUUUCCAACCUCUUUCGCUUGCUUUCCACCAUAUGAAUUAUUAUGUGGAUAUGCCUGCUGGAAUGAAGAGUAAAGGAUUUGAAGAGAGUAGAUUACGACUACUACAAGAUGUUAGUGGUGCUUUCAGACCUUGUGUUUUGACAGCAUUAGUUGGAGCUAGUGGGGCUGGGAAGACCACUUUGAUGGACGUGCUAGCAGGACGAAAAACUGGUGGAUACAUUGAAGGAACCAUAAGUGUAUCAGGCUACCCAAAAAACCAAGACACUUUUGCUCGAGUCGCUGGUUACUGUGAGCAGAAUGACAUUCAUUCACCUUACGUUACUGUUUAUGAGUCCCUUAUUUUCUCCGCUUGGUUACGCCUAACGUCUGAUAUAGAUGCAGAAACUAGAAAGAUGUUUGUGGAAGAAGUUAUGGAGUUGAUUGAGCUAAACCCAAUAAGGAAUUCUCUUGUGGGAGACCCGGGAGUGAACGGACUUUCAACAGAACAAAGAAAGAGGUUGACUAUAGCAGUGGAAUUAGUCGCUAAUCCCUCUAUAAUUUUCAUGGAUGAGCCUACAUCAGGCCUUGAUGCUAGAGCUGCAGCUAUAGUUAUGCGUACUGUAAGGAAUACAGUGGACACAGGUCGAACAGUUGUCUGCACGAUUCACCAACCUAGCAUUGGUAUCUUUGAAGCUUUUGAUGAGUUAUUGUUGAUGAAAAGAGGAGGGAGAGUGAUAUAUGCUGGCCCUUUAGGCCAUGAGUCUAUCGAGUUAGUUCGAUAUUUUGAGACCAUUCCAGGAGUGACCAAGAUCGCGGAAGGCUAUAAUCCAGCUACCUGGAUGCUGGAAGUCACCUCUACUACAGUCGAGGCAAAACUUCGUGUUGACUUUGCUGAAAUUUAUGCAAGUUCCGAUCUCUACAGGCGGAAUGAGGAGCUCAUCAAAGAACUAAGUACUCCAACUGCAGCUUCUGAGAAUCUCCACUUUCCAACUCGAUUCUCACAGAAUUUCUUCACUCAAUGCAAAGCGUGUCUUUGGAAACAACAUUUGUCGUAUUGGAGGAACUCACAAUAUAAUGCUAUCCGAUUUUAUGUGACAAUAGUCAUUGGAAUCAUGUUUGGUAUUGUUUUUUGGAGCAAGGGAGACAAAAUACAUAAACAACAAGACCUAAUAAAUCUUCUUGGAGCGACUUACGCUGCUCUCCUUUUCCUCGGUGCAAGCAAUGCAGCUGCAAUACAACCCGUUGUAGCAAUGGAAAGAACAGUGUUUUAUCGCGAAAGAGCAGCCGGAAUGUACUCAGCAUUACCUUACGCAUUUGCUCAAGUUUUCAUAGAGGCGAUCUAUGUCUCUAUGCAAUCCAUGAUCUAUGCCAUUCUUUUGUACUCAAUGAUUGGCUAUCAUUGGAGUUUCGAGAAGUUCGCCUACUUCUACUACUUCCUCUUCAUGUGCUUCACAUACUUCUCUAUAUAUGGAAUGAUGACGGUUUCUGUGUCUCCAAAUCUAGAGAUUGCUUCCAUCGUAAUGUUGUUCUUCACAACUGUAUGGAACUUGUUUAGCGGCAUCUUCAUUCCAAGAAUGGAAAUUCCAGUGUGGUGGAGAUGGUACUAUUGGAUGUGCCCGCUUGCAUGGACAAUCAAGGGUACUUUCACUUCUCAGUUUGGCGAUCUAAACAGUCUCAUAGAAGUUCCUACAUCGUCAGAACUGGUACCGGUGGAUGUGUUCCUUAAAGAAAAUUUUGGCUAUGACUUUGACAAGUUGGGGGAAGCUGUGUUUGCCCACCUUGUAUGUGUCUUUCUCUUCAUUUUUGUGUUUGCCUACAGUAUCAAGUUCCUCAAUUUCCAGAAACGAUGAAAACAUCGAACGUGUUCAAUAGGAAACAAGAAGAAAAAAUUGAAGAGAUAGAUACCUCUAUGCAUGUAUAGAAAGAAUGCUCAUUUUGCCAGAAAAAUCAGAUCCUAUUAAGUUCUAGCAGUAGCUUGUUGUAUAGGUGGGUGAAAGUGUAAAACCAUUUGUGUUUCCGGUUGAAAUAUAUGAUCAUAAUAAUAUACAUAUUGUCUGUGAAGGAAAUAAAAGAAACUCUUAUAUAUGGUAACUAUGCUUGUGUUUAAUUAA